UCGGUACGUGUGAAAUUUCCGGACGGGUCUGGAAUGAUGAUGUUUCCCGAAGUGUGAACUGUUACCUCGACUGGCAUUGACAAUGCCGCCAUCGUGCUAUGAUCCAGACUCUCCUGACGAGCGAGAAGUACCCCUUCCUUCAGCACCUCUUGUUAACCUGAGCGAGAAUGUUGUUUUACAACCCCCGCUUACUCGGCGCGGAACAGGUCCAGGCAUGAUAAUGUUUCUACCCCCAGAAGGGUCUUUUGACAGGAGAAAGGACACCGCGAAACUACUAGACCCCGAACCAGUACAGAAAUGGGCCGAGGAAGGAUUUGCAGUUGUCGGUGCAACCAUUAAAGGGGAUGGUCCUGGCUGGACGAUUGAGCAAGUCUUGAGGGAAGGACUCGAAGCUUUACUUUCGAUUAAGGAGUUGGAUCUCAAGACUAAGUUCGCUGUAAAUGUUUAUGACCCCCAAAUCCUCUCCGAUGUCAACCAGGCUAUUUCUAAAGACGCCAGAUUAUCGUGUCUCAUCGCAUUUGGCUCUCCUCCGAACACCAAUUCCGUUCCUUUAUUCAUUCAUUCCCCGACCAGCCUACCCCUCACCAACACAUCUCCAAGUAUCACAGUCCACAAAUACGCCACUGACUCACCUCUUUUUGUUCUUCCUCAGUCGGCCGAUUACAAUCCAGGAUUUGCCAGUUUAGCUCACAGCCGAACUCUCGUUUUUGUGAGGAAGACCCUUGGUGCUCCUAUCUUCGAUAUUGAGGCCAUUUGGGAUGAACAUACCUACUUUGAAUUCGAAGUGAGGAGCGUGGCAAAGACAAUGGGAACGAUGGUGGCCGAGCCAUAUGUCAAUCACAUCCCGACAGUCAGUUGACAACCUUUACUCUCCAUGCGGGUAAUGAUUGAGGCUUAGAUGACGGGUGGUGUCGGCCGCAAAAACCUUACUGCAUUCUACCGCGACCACUUCAUCUUCGCGUUAGUUGUUUGGUAUCUUCAGGAGGUUGUAAGCUUCGCUUACCUUCCCGCAUUUCAAAAUCCAGCAAUCCCCCUGACACAGAGCUGCAACUCGUUUCUCGGACAGUUGGAAGCGAUCGCAUCAUCGAUGAAUUUAUCUUCAAACUGACCCAUGAUCGAGUUGUCGAUUGGCUUUUACCUGGCAUACCUCCCACAGGAAGGAAGCUUGAGGUUCCAUUCGUUGGCGUCGUCAACGUACGAGGUGAUCGCUUGUACCAUGAGCAUAUUUGGUGGGAUCAUGCAUCGGCCCUCCUCCAAGCAGGCAUUCUUCCAAGCCAUAUCUCUCACGGAGGGCAGAACUUAAGACUUCCGAUCGCUGGAGUUGAAGGAGCGCGUCUGUUGGUCGAUGAGACCGAUGGUACUAGCAAUGAGAUGAUCCGGUGGGGUAUUCAGGCUGCGACGUAGUAUUGAUGGCUCUAUUACGGACCCAUAUAUCUGUAAUUCUAAUUCGCCGUGUAUUCUUCCAGUAGCUCUCUGAACGGUACUAGCGAUUAGUGAUAAAUACAAGGUACUGCAAGCAAAGACAGUACGACAAUGGAAGAUAUGCUAAUUUACAC